UAAUUGUUUAUUUUAAUUUAUAACAAUAUGUUUAUUUUAAUUGUAAACACAUUCAAUUUUAAGCUGAUGUUUAAUCACGUGAUAAUUAAUUGUUGACAUCAGUGCCCUCAACAGCUAAAAAUAUUUUGUCUUUUUUUUAUGUUUUUCUACUCAUUUUAUUAGAUAGAGUUGAUCAUCUUCAAUGUACCUUCAUUGUCUAUGACUGAAAAAUAAAAUAGUAAACAUUGUUGUUUUUCUUUUUUUUUUGUUCAAGGCUAUAAAAUUGUUUCAUUAUUUUAAUUUUUUUAUGGUGCAAUAAUAAAAAGCAUGAUAUGCCGGCUAAAGAUGAAAUGAUGAAUAUGCCUUUUGAAGAUUCUCAACAUUCUUGGACAGAUGAUUUACCAGUGUGUAAAGAAUCAGGUGUUGGAUUUUCUACAAAUCAAAUAUACAGAGAGGAUGGUUAUAGACAAGAGGAGCAUUCAUUUGAAGACAGAAGUUUUCAUUGUAAAUAUGAUGAAGCAACAUUUUUAUAUGGAAUUUUUGAUGGAUAUGAAGGUUCACGUACUGCAAAUUUUACUCUUCAAAGAAUAGCUGCUGAAAUUCUAUUAGGACAAUUAAAUGGAAAAAGUACAAGUGAAGAAAUUAAAGAAGUUAUUAGACAAGCAUUUGUUGCUGUUGAACGAGGAUACUUGGAUUCAAUCGGUGAUAUUUUAGCAAGAAGAGCUAUUCUUCAGUUAGAUAUACCUGAUGAUUUGAGUUCAUACGAAGCUUAUCAACAAUAUCCUGAAAUUGUUAGUGAACUUAAUAAACUUAAUUCAGAACUAUCAGGUGGAACAAGUGCUGUAGUUGCAUUAAUUUAUCAAAAUAAACUUUAUGUUGCUAAUGUUGGUAAUAGUCGUGCAUUGUUAUGUAAAACUGAUAGUAAUAAAGUACUUAGAGUUAUUCAAUUAUCAAUUGAUCAUGAUCUUCGUAAUGAAGAUGAACUUUUAAGAUUAUCGAAUUUGGGAUUAGAUGUUAAAGUAUUUAGACAAGGUUCACAUAUUGGUAAUCAAGAAAACACAAGAUGUCUAGGUAAUUAUUUAGUCAAAGGUGGUUACAGAGAAUUUGAAGAGCUAUCAAAAGCCACUGCUGAACCAAUUAUAGCAGAGCCAGAAGUACAUGGUGGAAUUGAGCUUGAUGAAUCUUGUUGUUUUUUAUUAUUAAUGUCAAGAGGACUUUAUAAAUCUUUAGAAGAAGCUACUGGAACUGAACAAGUCAAUAAAGAUUUAGCUCUUAUGGCUGUUGAACAAUUUCGAGUACAAUCUACUUUGACUGGAGUAGCUCAAGCAGUUGUUGAUAAAAUUGUUAGAAUUCAUCAUGAUGCAAGUAUGUCUAAUUCUCAAACAACAACACCAACUGGCAAACGAGAAGACAUAACAUUACUAGUUAGAAAUUUUAAUUUUCCACUACCUCAUGCACUUAAAAGUCCAACAAGUCAAUCAAUUUGUGUUAAUUCAAUCAUUCAAUCAGCAGAUAAUACAUCAAUUAUUAAUAAUUCUGGUGAAACAAAUGUUGAUAGUUUUAAUCCUUCUACUAAUGAUACCUCAGAUAAUACAUCAGAUACUUUUCCAAAUAACCAACUGCCACGUGAUAGAAAUGCUAAAAUUAAACCAUAUGUAGAUUUUACUGAAUAUUUUCAUAAUUUUGAAAAGCGAAAAAAAGAAGGUACCUUACCAGCAGACAUUGACAUUUGAUUUAUUAUUAUAUAUAAAAAUGUAAAAUAAUAAUAUAUUUAGAAAAAAAAAAUGAAUGAUAUUUAUAAUUUUAUGUUGUAUUAUUUUGAUUGACUGUUUAUAUAAAAACAAUAAAUAAAAUCAAUUAAUUACUUAUAAAAA